CUUUGGGCGCUUACUCGGUUGUGGUCCGAAAUCUCAAUAAUUAUCGUCCAUGUGUGAUCCUGAGGGGAUUAAAUCAUUUCUGUACACUUUCUUGCAAACUAAGAAACGCAUAGCACCAGAGUAUACUUUCAUUGAGAAGCCCGUCGGUCGGAAUAAGGUUAGGUUUCUUUGUGAGGCUCGGGCUGAUGGCUACAAUUACGUUGGAAUAGGAAAUUCUACAACAAAAAAAGAAGCUCAAACGAAUGCAGCUAGAGACUUUGUUAACUACCUUGUUCGCGAAGGUGAAGUCCCUGCAUCUUCCGUUCCAACGAUACAACCUGGGAAUGUCGUAUAUCCGGAAUCUACAAGCACAUCUACAUCUGAAAACUUUGGGCAAAGUUCUCAACAACAAGGGAAUUCGUUAGGUUCUGGUGGUAGCUACAUCAGUAGCAUAUACGACCAAAAGAAGUUGGAAGAGGCAGAAGAGGUGGAUUUAACUUCUGAUUUGCAUGGUGGUUGGUCUAUGGAAAACGCCAAGGCACGUCUAAAUGAAUACUUACAGGCAACUCGCCAGCAAGUGGGCCAAGUGAAAUAUACUUCAGUCGGUCCGGAUCAUAGCAGGAGUUACAUAGCGGAGAUGACUGUCUUGGCGAAAAAUCUUCGGAAAACCCUGUACGCUCGGGAGGCGGGAUCAAACAAACAACUAGCAUCUCGUGCUUGUUGCCUAUCAUUGGUCCGGCAGCUCUUUCAUGCAGGCGAAUUGGAAGCAUAUACUGGCGAAAGACGAAAAAAGAAGCACAGUGAGGUUGCAGUGCAUGAUGUCAAUUUGAAUUCAAAAGUUGAAGAAAAUUUAACCGAUGUAUUGGAAAAUUUGGGUCUUCCCGUUAAUUUGAAACCUACAAGUCUCCCACCAGAUCAAGCUUAUAAUAUGAUUACCAAUUACAACUUGGUAGACUUUGGUGAUGCUCCUAAACAACAACCCCAAUUGGUCGCUUGGUGUCCACCACUCCCUAACUGGAAUCCAUGGACUGCUUGCAAUAUCGAUGAAGGUCCAGAGGCUACUCAACCAUUACCUCAUAUUAGCGCUAACUUGGCUGACGAACGGUUACGUCGACUUGAUAGCGACCCUCAGUUGCGGUCAUUAAUGGAUGAGCGUGCUCAGUUACCCGUGAAUCCUUACAGGGCUUCAAUACUAGAAGCCGUUAGACGGAAUAAAGUGACAAUUAUUCGUGGCGAAACCGGAUGUGGCAAGACCACUCAGAUUCCUCAGUUCAUUUUGGACUCGUAUUUGGAAUCGGGAAUAGGCGCUGAAUGUUCGAUUCUGGUAACACAACCACGACGUAUAUCUGCUAUAAGCCUUGCCGAACGCAUUGCUUAUGAGAGAGGCGAAACCGUGGGAACAUCUGUUGGAUAUUGUGUUCGUUUUGAGACCGUUUAUCCUCGUCCGUACGGGUCUAUCUUGUUUUGCACUGUUGGGACAAUGGCACGCAAAAUGGAAGGAGGUCUUCGAGGAGUGUCUCAUGUUAUUGUUGAUGAAAUACAUGAGAGAGACGUUAAUACAGAUUUCAUGCUCAUAUUACUGCGCGAAAUGAUAAGAGCAAACAGAAAUCUCCGACUUGUUCUUAUGUCUGCUACCAUUGAUAUAACUAUGUUCAGCGAAUACUUUGGCGAUUGUAUGGUUUUGGACAUCGAGGGUCGUACACACCCUGUUGAGUAUUACUUUCUAGAAGACUGUGUAAAGAUGGUUAACUUCGUCCCUCCACCCGCUGAUGAGAAAAAACGGAAGCACCGCCAAGAGUUAGAAAAUGCGACAGAUUACGCUGAAGAAAAUUGCAACUUGAAGUGUGAUCCUAUUUACGGGGAGGCGGUGGUUCGUUCCAUGGGCGAAAUUAUCGAAAAGGAGGUUCCUUUUGAACUUGUGGGUGCGCUUUUGGAUAAGAUCAUAGGUAUGAAUAUUCCCGGCGCUGUCCUUAUCUUCCUUCCUGGUUGGAAUAUCAUUAGUCUUUUGCGAAAAUAUUUACAGUCUCAUUCGAGAUAUGGAAGUCCCAACUAUGUUAUUCUGCCUCUACAUUCUCAGAUUCCUAGAGAAGACCAACGCCUAGUUUUUCGUUCCACUCCUUCUGGUGUUAGAAAAAUUGUGUUGGCAACUAACAUAGCUGAAUCAUCUAUCACAAUCAAUGAUGUUGUCUUUGUGAUAGAUUUCUGCUUAUCACGCACGAAGCUUUUCACUGCUCGUAACAAUCUGACGUCAUAUUCUACUUCAUGGGCAAGCAAAACAAACCUGGAACAACGGCGAGGCAGAGCUGGUCGAGUUCGUCCAGGAUUCGCUUUUCAUCUUUGUAGUCGUGCUCGCUUUGAUCGUUUAGAACAGCAUGCUACUCCAGAAAUUCUGCGUACUCCGUUACACGAACUGGCAUUACUCAUAAAGCUUUUGCGUCUUGGUUCUGUUAGAGACUUUUUAAUGAAGGCUUUACAACCACCACCACUCGACGCAGUUAUUGAAGCAGAACAUACAUUAAAAGAGAUGAAGGCGUUGGAUAAAAAUGAUGAACUAACUCCUCUGGGAUUUAUUCUUGCUCGACUUCCAAUCGAGCCACGUUUGGGGAAAAUGUUAAUAUUUGCUUGUGUCUUUAAUCUGGGUGGAGCAGCUGCUGUUCUAACAUCUACUGCAAGCCUGGGAUGUGAUCCAUUUUUAUUGCCUCCGGAUCAUAGGAGACUCACAAAUCAGCAACGGUCAUUUGCAGCCGGCUAUUCAAGUGAUCAUUUGGCUGGUUUGAAUGUUUUUCAAGAGUGGACGACUGAACGUACUCGUCGAGGUGAUGAGUCAGCAGAUUUAUUUUGUGAUCAACAUGGUUUCAAUAGCUCUGCGUUAAGAGUUAUUGAUGAUGCUGCAAACCAAGUAUGCAUACCUAGUAUUUCUCUUCGUUUUCUUCCUUGCUUCUUUAUGGUCUUGUGAAGUAAUUUUUGUAUAAAUUUGACUUUUUCUAUAUAUAUAUAUAUAUGACUAGUAAUACUACUGAUAAUACCACUCUGAUGGGGUUCAAACACAUGAUAAAUUGUUUGAAAGCCAAGUGAUUUAACCACAAAGCCUUCAAUUAUUAAAAUCGUAGUGACUAAUAAACUUAACCUGUAUGGAAGUCACUUUAAAUCUAUAAUCAUAUUAUAGAAAUCUCCAAUAGAUGUUUUACCUAUAAAGCAAAUUGGCAACUGUAAUUAUAGUUCUGUAAGAUUUUGCCCUUAGAUUUUCCAUUUUUAAGUUAGCUUUUAGUACAGAUUCCGAAAUAUAUCUUCAUUAAAGCCUAAACAGUCUUGUAUAUUGUUUAUUAAAACACAUGCCAUCUGUUUUUACGAUUCCCAGCAGCAAUUUAUAUAUCAUUGUUUCUCAUUGACAGAUUUUUUAGCUUCAUGAAAUAUGGUUUAUUAUUGUACACUGUAAACGUGAUCACCGGAAUUACUCACCUGAUGUCGGUUCAAGUCAGAAGACUUAACUUCGCGUAAUAUUUGUACAUGAAUCAAUGAGUGGUUCUACAGUAAAUAAUAGUUUACUUAGGUUACAACCUCAUAUUCAAGCUGAAAAACUCAAUAACAACAGUCAACUCAGUGCAGAAAAGUGAAAAAAAACUAGUUCAAUAAAUCAAACAUAAUGAAUCUAUCAACCAAUAAGAGAACAGUCAGUUUACAAGUAGUAACUGACCUAAAUAAAAGAAACUAUACAAUGAGAAACUGCAUACUCAUCAGUGAAACAGUUACAAAUGGAUCUCUUAGUUGUGUUAAUUUUGAUAGUAGCUCAUUGUGGAACUUACACUAACACUCUGGUCUUCUUCGAUAACUGUAGGCCAGAAACAAAAGCCUGCAUCAUGAUCAAAUUGAGUCAGAGUAAUGUGUUUAUUUAAGGUAAAAUCUGAUUGGAUACUUGUUUGGUUUUAGCUAAAACUAAUGAUAUGCAAUAAUGUAUUCUUUCUCACAGAAAAAUUGCAAUAAACAACUAGGCCACCAAGAAGCGGCUGUCUAUUCAUUUGUUUGUAUUUAAUCUAUUACUAAAUAAGCGCAAUAAAAAUUCCAACUUGGUUGACAGUCUAUGCUACCUACAUAACCAGUUUUAAUAAAUAACUGCGUGAUUGGAAUUUUCACCCACCUUAUUGCUAAUUCAGCAUUAUGAGUUUCGUUUUGAUACUCUCAGGCUGUUCAAAGCGUAAUAGAAAUGAAAAUUAACAAUGAAUGUAAACAACUUGUAAUCCAUUGUUUUAUAUUUCCGUUGUAAGGAUGUUAGCGUUUUCCUUUCGCCUCCGUAAAGUCUCCAUUGUGAUUGAACAUAAGUUGAAAAACUGCUAAAAAUCAAAGAGCACUGAAAACCUGUUCUAUCCUAGCUUCGGAUAGUACUAUACAAUUGCGAUCCCACAGGAUGCCGAACACAAGGUCUUAUUGUUACUACUAUUAAGUAUUCGAUCAAUUGUGUGUCAGUAAGAUAGAUCCGUGGAAUUUUGACAUAAUUAAGGUUAAGCCUACUUGGUGUAUCCCAAUCGUUUACAAAGUCAAUGAUUAUUUAACCCGUAUCGCAUCAUAGCUUUUUUUACUGCAAUUGUUUUCACAUAACUUGGUUUGUUUUGACGAUUUUUAUCAAGUUGACUGAUUUUAUUGUUUGAUUUCUAAUCUCGAUUGGUUAUGAUAAAUUUCAAACUUUCUUGGUAAGUGUCAUCUGAUUCCAACCAUAUUAUGUCUUUAAUAGCUCCUAGAUAAGGUGCAUAAAACUUUAUAUAAUAGUUAAUUUUUGUUCUGCAUUUAUCGAUGCUUUGUAAACUAAUUAGUACUGUUAUUCAUUCUUCAGAUUGUUUUAUGUACUCUGUUAUGUGCAUGACUUCAUGACAUUUGAUGUUAUUUUAUUUCUAUCGUUUUUUUUAGCUUAGAGCUAUUCUUAUUAACUUGGGUUUCCCAGAAGAGUCACUGUCGGAUGCACCGGUUAAUUUUAAUUUGAAACACAAUAUCGAUUGCGAUAUACUUAGUACUUUACUUGUGUCUGGAUUGUAUCCAAAUAUCUGUUUUCAUUCAGAUAAACGCAAAUUACUAACAACUGAAGGUACUUUAGCACUUAUACACAAAAGUUCUGUCAAUUGCAUGAAGGACAUCAAGUUCACUCAUCCAUUUUUUGUUUUCGAUGAAAAAAUUCGUACUCAGGCCGUUUCGUGUAAAGGUCUUACAAUGGUGAAUCCAAUUCAGUUAAUGCUUUUUGGCUGCCGCUCUGCUAUCUGGAAAUCUGAUGAUUCUAAUGAUAAAGGAAUAGUUGUUAUUGAUGAUUGGAUUCCUUUCCGUAUGAGCUUCAUGACUGCUGCCCGAAUUUUCGCUUUUCGUCCAGCAUUGGAGGCAUUACUUGUCCGUACUUGCUUACGACCAGAAGGUGUUGCCGAUCUUCGAGAAGAAGAUCAGCAUGUUAUUAAUGUGUUGCGUCAACUAUGUUCGCCAGAAGCAUUAAAACCAAAUGCUAGUUUUGAUGAGGCAAAUAACUUCGAUUCUCCGCCGAGAAAACGGUUCGCUACAUCCGGUAAUUGUCCGUUACUCUCGGGUCGGUCGCAUCGAAAUAAAGGGUAUGAAAAUUCAUACUCGGAAAAACAAGGUUUUGGACGCUAUACUAACUGUCCUAAUCGUUCUACUGACUCAGAACAGGUGCAUGAUAUUCAAUGUGGUCUUUGGCAAGACCCUCAGCCACAAUUUUCAAAUCCGCGAUAUGAUCAAGUACCUGUCAACCGAUUUUCUGGGAACUACAUGGGUGCAAGAUCGUUUGGUCCUAGUGGUGUAGGAAAUAAUUUUAAUGGAUCAUCAUGGAAUUCAUAUGGCGCACCAACUUUUGGUGGGUAUCCAUAUCAACAACAACAGUUUACAAACGAUCGGUUUGUGCAACCUAAUCAAAGACCAUCAAUUAGACCUCAUUGGGGUGUCCGUUACUAAUUUUUAGUCGUAUAACUUACUUUUACAAAGUGGUUUUAACUGUAUUUAAGUGUUUCCAAGUUAGAUCCAUCUUUACUCCGUUUUACUUAUUUGUGAUUAUUUUGAAUUCAUUUAUAUAUUUGUUACAUCAAUAUUCCGUUCUAUGUAAUCUAUAAAAUGUGUUUCUUGU